GCUGCAAAAAGGCGAGAGUUUCUCAAAUCAAAACCAUCGUUGCGAGGAGCCAAAAUUGUUAACGUCUCGUCCUCCACUGUUCGCCACUUCGGCUCUUCUCUCUCGCUUUGACGCACAAGAAAAAGCUUGUACAUUCAAGGGACACGUUUACUGACUUAAAAUGGGUUAUGAAACUAUUGUUGCCCAAAUCCCAGCUACAAUGGAUUACCCAAGCUAUGCUUCGACUGACUACACUGGCUCUGGUUCAAAUGCCAUUUCUGAUGGUGGUGCUUUUGCCACUGGGGGUGCUGCCGAUUCAACUACUCCUGUCAUUCCAACAGAUACGGCUAAUCCUGAGCCAGAUGGUUCUGGUUCAGGUCAUGAAAAUCCAAACAACAAAGAUACUGGUUCUGUUAUUCAAGGUACUUCUGUCUCAGUAGCUUAUGGAGCUGUUGAAGUCCCUGAUACUACCAAGAAUCUUGUCAUCCAGGAAAGUGCAGAAGAAAAAUCAAAUCAAGCUGUUCCUAUGGGUUCCUCUGUAAAUAUCAAUGGUGCUACUGGUGCAGGAUAUCAUGCUUCUGCUGGAACUGGUGAAAAUGGGAAUGUUUCAAAUGAGUUUGGUGGAGCUGCUUCUGAUCAACAGUUCAAGGAGGAUUCUGCACUUUCUACUGAAGAAGAACGGUUGUGGAGCAUUGUUAGAACAAAUUCUUUAGACUUCAAUGCUUGGACUGCUCUUAUUGAGGAGACAGAGAAGGUGGCAGAGGACAAUAUAUCAAAAAUCCGAAAAGUUUAUGAUACUUUCUUAGCAGAAUUCCCAUUGUGUUAUGGUUACUGGAAGAAGUAUGCAGAUCAUGAGGCGUGUUUGGGUUCUAUUGACAAAGUUGUGGAGGUGUAUGAACGAGCAGUUCAAGCAGUCACCUAUUCUGUGGACAUUUGGUUGCAUUAUUCUAUUUUUGCUAUAUCAACAUAUGGAGAUCCUGAUACCAUUAGAAGGUUGUUUGAACGUGGAUUGGCUUAUGUUGGGACAGAUUACUUGUCCCAUUCUCUUUGGGAUAAAUACAUUGAGUAUGAAUACUCACAGCAGGAGUGGAGUCACCUUGCCAUGAUUUACACAAGAAUUCUAGAGAAUCCUAUUCAACAACUGGAUCGCUAUUUCAACAGUUUUAAGGAGUUGGCUGGAAGUCGUCCUUUAUCUGAAUUAAGGACUGCUGAGGAAGCUGCUGCCAUGGCUGCUACAAAUAUGGAAGCUAGUGGCCAAGGAGUUGACAGCGAGGUUCAUCCUGAUGGCGUAGAACAAUCUACUAAACCUGUAAGUGCAGGAUUAUCAGAAGCAGAGGAGAUGGAGAAGUAUAUCGCCAUUAGGGAAGAGAUGUAUAAGAAAGCUAAAGAGUACGACUCUAAGAUAAUUGGUUUUGAAACAGCUAUCAGGAGGCCAUACUUUCAUGUACGACCCCUAAAUGGUGCAGAGCUUGAAAAUUGGCAUAACUACCUGGAUUUUAUUGAACAACAGGAUGACUUUAACAAGGUUGUCAAGCUUUAUGAAAGAUGCUUAAUUGCCUGUGCUAAUUAUUCCGAAUAUUGGAUACGGUAUGUUUUGUGCAUGGAAGCCAGUGGAACUGUGGAUCUUGCUAAUAAUGCACUAGCUCGUGCAACACAAGUUUUUGUCAAGAGGCAACCAGAGAUACACCUUUUUGCUGCUAGAUUUAAAGAGCAGAAUGGUGAUAUUCCAGGAGCCCGUGCUGCAUAUCAACUAGUGCACUCUGGAAUUUCACCUGGUCUCCUGGAAGCUGUUAUUAAGCAUGCAAAUAUGGAACACCGACUUGGAAAUUUACAAGAUGCAUUAUCACUAUAUGAACAAGCCGUUGCCACUGAAAAGGGAAAGGAGCAAUCUCAAACAUUGCCAAUGCUGUUUGUUCAGUAUUCACGGUUUUCAUACUUGGUUGCUGGGAAUGCUGAAAAAGCAAAGGAAAUUCUAGUUGAAGCCCUUGAGCAUGUACAACUGUCAAAACCGCUUUUGGAGGCAUUAAUUCAUCUAGAGGCAAUACAGUCAGUCCCCAAGAAUAUUGAUCAUUUGGAUUCAUUAGUUGAGAAAUAUAUUGUGCCCAGCCCUGAUAAUUCCAGUGUAAUGAGUACUGCUGAUAGAGAAGAGAUAUCAAGCAUAUACUUGGAGUUUUUGGAUCUCUUUGGAAAUGCAUCCUUGAUCAAGAAGGCUGACGAUCGGCAUGCCAAGCUAUUUUUAUGCCAUAGAAACACUUCAGAAUUGCGAAAACGACUUGCUGAGGAUUUUCUAUCUUCGGACAAGGUAAAGCUGAACAAGUCUUACACAAAUUCUCCCUUAUCAGCACAAUCGUUGAUGGGUGCAUAUCCAAGCACUCAGAACCAGUGGACUGCUGGAUAUGGGUUACAACCUCAAGCUUGGCCACAGGCACAGGGGCAGCAGUGGAACUCCAGCUAUGGUCAACAGGCUGGGUAUGCUGGCUAUGGUGGUUAUGUAAGUAGCUAUGCUCAUCAGCAGACGCCAACUUCAGCUCCACAGACUGCUGCUUAUGGUACUUAUCCUCAGACAUAUCCUGCCCAGACUUUCCCACAGCAAAGCUAUGUCCAACCAGCCACGACGGCAGCUUUUACUCCAGCUCAGCAACAGGCUCCAGUCCAACAGGCCUACUACGGAAGUUACUAUUGAAGCGUGUGAGCUUAUCCUUGCCAAUUUUGCUACCAUCUGUAAAUUAGAUUCUUACAAAAAUCAGGAAAAAAAAUGAGGUCAUUCAGGUGUACCCUGGGUUUUGGAACUUGGAUUUGGGUUGGCUAAUUCCUAAUUGUAGCAAAGGUGUGAAAGAAGGAACUGGUGUUUCAACUAACCCGAGAAUUGCAUUGUAAUGGAAUUGUAUUUUAGAUGUCUAAUGUGUUGUCUGUAAUUCUAUUUCCUGAAUGCAUUUAAGGUUGUUUGUACAUUAGUAGAUUUAUCAUUCACGUGGGAAUGUUUUCAUGUCAACAGCAC